CUGUACGGGAUAUUAUUAUAGUCAGACAUCAGUUGGAUCGAAUCGAACUACCAGACCAGUAGUAUAGUAUGUAAUAUCGUAUAAUAGAGUGUGGAUGAACAAUAUAAUUCUAUUGGGAGUCUCUCUGUGUUCCAUUGUGUCAUUCUGUUCGUUCGUUUUGUAUUGUAAAUUUCAUAGUCGAUGACCACCACCAAGAGUAUAAUAGAAUAUAAUAAUAAUUCUAUUCUGGAUUGAGGUCUCCGGCGCACAGAAAUUUUUUUUUAAUUAUAAUGAAAAAUACAUUUUAAAGAAUAAAAGAAAAACAAAAAAAAAAGAUACAAAAAUUUUUUGUUAGCAUAUUGCUCGAUUCGAUUUAAGCCGCAAAUGGUCUGUGUGCGAUUUCUCCUCCUUCCUUUUGUGGAUUUUAAUUUAUUUUUUUGUUUUGUUUUUUGUUUAAUUUAAUUUUUUAAUUCUCUGUUGUCUGAAUAAUAUUUAUGGUAUAGCUGCAAAAAGUUACGCUGGAAUCAAUAAAAUUAUAAAGAAAACAACAAAAUAGUUUAAUGUGAAAAUUCGAUUUAAACUAUCAGAAUAUCUUUUAAACCGGAAGAUACAAAGAUUUAUUUUUUAUUUUUCGUUUGUGCGUUCUCAUUCAACAAAAAGAUACAAAAGACACCAAGAACUUUUUAUAAAAUAAUAAAUAAUCAUCUCAUCUCGAAGACGAUGGACGAUAAUAUGAUUGUCGUCAGUCGUCGUUGGUAAUUUUAAUUUUUAUUGAUUGACACGAAUGUAACUCGGUUAAUUGUUUCUCUUUGUACAAAAAUUAACUCAUCAAUUGAAGAAAAUAUUUUCUUGGAAAGCAAUUAAAAUAUCUCAUAAACAUAUUGAAAAAGACAAAAAAGAAUUCUCUGUUCAAUGUUAAAAUCAGAGUCAAAAAUAAAAAGUAACGAAAAAACUAUCUCUCUGAAGAUGAUGUGUGUUUAGUAAACCUCUACCUACCCUAUACCGUCUCAGUGGGAGGGCAUGUUAAGUGCAUAUUAUAAAUUAGAUACAAAAGUAUCUUUUGUGUGUCGGGAAAGUCAUAUCUCAUAUCGAGAAAAAAAAGUAUCUCACGAUCCAUUACCAUAUCUAAAUAAUGUGAUUAUUGAAUAGAAAUGAUAAUAUUUGAAGUCAAGAGGAGAAUUGUAAUAAUAAAUUUCUAUUCAACAAAUAUAGUGAUUGUGAAACUAAUAAAUUAACAGUGGAAUUAUUAUUAUUAUUGUCUGUCACUGUCAUUUUGGAUUUACACACACGCAUAGACAGAAAAGAUGGAUUUGAAUUGUCAUCGGAAUGAAAUAGAGCAGUUUUUAUUUGAUCUCCGAGAUCAUUUAAAACACUCCAUCGAACCAACAGAAUAUGAAAACACAGUAAAUCUUUUUGGUGAUAGCUCCUCCGAAUACCAAAAUCGCAAAUUUCUCGAAAGAUGCGAAAGAAUAUUGAGUCAUUUCAGCGAUUCCUCAAAUAAUAAUCACAAAGUGGUGCAAAAUGGUUUCUCAACACCCGAGAAGUCAACAUCAAAAAGUGCUAGAAGUUCUAUGCUGGAACAUGUAGAUUCGGAAGAAAUCUCAUACUUGGAAAUGUCAUCUACUCCUCCAAAGAAAGCAAUAUCAACUGAGUAUAUCGAUUUCCAGGAGCAGAAAAUAAUCGAAAAUCCAAUUCAAAAACCAAAUCGCGAACCUGAUAACGAAGAAGACGACGACGAUGAUGAUAACGAAGAGAAUAAGAUCUUAGACAAAGGCAUUUACGAUAUUUGUAAUGAGUCACCUCAAUCCGAUGAGGGACUCAAAGUAAAUUUAGAAACAGAAAACACUCUAAUUCCAGACUGUCCAUAUGCUGGUCUCCCUGCCUCCCAUCUCUCCAUUCAAAAGUCUACAAAAUUUGGUCAACUACAGCGAAUCGAAAAAAGGCUGUUCUUUGAUCAAUGCAAAAAGUGCUAUUGCGGCAUUCUUUCCGACUGGCUGCUAUGUUACUGUGAUGGUGUUACUUCCUUACGUCCAGCUUUUAGCGUACAUUUAAAAACCCAUGGUGUCGAAGUCGAACAUUAUGGCGACGGAAAACGUCGAGAGUUGUGCUUCCAGAUAACAACCCCAGAUCCGAACAAAAAACACGUCUUCCAGUGUAAUUCCGAAGUUGAAGCUAAGGAAUGGAUUCAUGCCAUCGAAGCUGUAAUCCGUGGAGAUUCAGCAGCUACACAGUUGGCUUCAACUAAAAGUCCGCGAAAGCUUCCAACGCCACCAAUCAGAAAGAAAGCUUUUUCUGAUAGUACAAGCACUAGAAGCGACAGUAAUAACGAUUGCAUCUACGAGGAACCUUCUCCUCUCUACAACAUGCAUCAACCAACAGAGCUUCUUAUCGAACGAAGCAAGGAAGAAGAUAGUACAGACAGACCAGACAUCCCAGAGAAACAGAAAUCCAUCACAAACAUGGCUAAAAAAUUUGACUACGAUAUCCCAAAGUCUCCACCGCUUCCGGUGAAUUCAGAGUCUGAAACAGCAGAGCUUUUAGAUAUAUCCCGCAACAAUAGUGAUUUUCAGACAAAAGUUAAAGAUGUCCAUAGUAAGUUAUCGAGUCAACUUUCAACAUCAGGACCUAGUCCGGAACGUCUGAAGAAGAUCGUUAAAAAGACCCUAUCAUCAGACUCAGAAUCCUCGGUUAUCUCUCCACAACACACUCCUUCAACGAAGGAACAAAAAAAAGCUGUCAAAAGCUCUCAAAAGCACUCAAAAUCUCCAAAUCAAGAGAAGUCUUCGCGAAAUUGGUUUUUGAAUCGUCUGAACAAGUCGACAUCAUCGACCAGAAGUUCAACAGCAUCGCCGACAAAAUGUAAACAAAGCGAAAAGGAGAAUCUAUUGAAUAAUCUCGAGAUAUGCGAUGGCUUUGAAGGGGAUUUCAUCAGUCCCACCAAUGGUGGAGCAUCAACUAAUGUCAAGGGUAGUAAAGUUAAUAUGAUAAUCAAUCAGUUCGAAGCAAGUGGUCAUCUUGCGAUGUUUAGCGUAGAAGCUUUCAAUGGAGGACAUGGAGAUACAAAGUUGAGUUCCUUCCUCGAGAGCGAUUGUAAUAAUUAUGAGCCUAUAAUGACUGGUCCAAGUAGUUUUAUGAAAAAGGUGUAAUUAUAAGAGAAAGAAUAAAAGAAGGAGCUUCUU